CUAGCGGCGGCUCGCAGUGAUGUCUGUCGCCGUGUAGUGUAUGCCCGACGGUGUGUUAUCCGUUACCGGAGCGUCUCCCCGCAGAGAAUGGCGGAACUGUCUCCGGUGCUGCAGUCGCACAGGGAUGGAGGUAGCCGGCUGGGGUACACGGCGUUCCCCGGCUCCGAAUGUGAGUCUGAAGCCGAGCUGUCCCUGAGCCUGGCCCGCAUCAAGACCCGCUCAUACGGCAGUACGGCCAGUGUCCGCUCCCCCUGGGCUGAGCGCUUCAUCGAGCACCAGGUCAGCCCCACCGACACCCUGCAGGGGAUCGCACUCAAGUACGGAGUCACGAUGGAACAAAUUAAAAGGGCCAACAAACUGUUUUCCACGGAUUGUAUUUUCCUAAGAAAGUCAUUGAACAUUCCGGUUAUAUCGGAGAAGAGCUCCCUAUUCAACGGACUUAAUUUACUGGACUCACCUGAGAAUGAAUCUCAAGAAGCUAGCAAUAUCCAGGCUGGAGACACUGUUCCAGCUCCAGCUAAUAACACCUCUCCACCUGGUUCUCCUGAAACAAACCGACCUAUAGUUACACAAGAUGAAGAGCUGUCUGCCAAAGACUUCCUUCAUAGACUGGACUUGCAGAUAAAGAGGUCUACACAGGCAGCCAAAAGGCUAAAAGAAGAAGAAUAUCUCAGACAUGAACAGGAUGAGUACUAUUCAACUUCCUCCUAUCAGCACUGAGUGUGAUCCAUCAGAUUCCUCAAGUUCUGGAUUUCACCAAACCAGAAGAGACUUCCUAUCUGCUGAUCCAUAACUAUUUUAUUUCUAUAAUUGCACUGAAUCUCUUAUUUCCAUUUUAGUUACACAAUUUCAUGUCACGGCACCGCUUUUUUUUUUUUUUUUUUUUUUUGCAGACCUUUC